AUGGAUAUGGAAGAGAAGCCGAAAACAUACGAAGUUAAAUUACCACAGGAUCACUUGCCAGCAACUAUUACUCGAAUAUCUGCAAAAGUAGGAGACAUAGUCACAAAGAAUGAUUCACUUUUUUUUCAUAAAUACAUUGGAUACUUAGAGCAAGAGGUGGUUGUGAACGAAAGCAGUAGCAUAGUUGAGAAACAAAAGGUAGCUCAAACAUACGGUGAAUUUUUCAAUAGUCCUGUAGAAGGAGAAGUGUUUGAAAUUCUGGUACAACCAAAUCAACAAAUUAAGGACGCAAACGAAGUUACUGUUAUCAUAAAAUUACCAUGCCCGCAUGAUAUAUUAUUUGGAGGACUUUGUGCACUAUGUGGACAGGAUUGCACUAGGGUGCAGACACAGCGUGCAACAAUAAAUAUGGCGCAUGACGCAGCACGAUUAUUUGUUAGCCAAUCCGAGGCAGAAAGGUUAGAACAAGAAACUGCCGAACGACUUAAAAAAGCGAGAAAACUUUCACUGGUUGUUGACUUGGAUCAAACAAUUAUUCAUGCUACUGUUGACCCAACAAUUGAAGAAUGGAUGAAAGAUGAAAAUAAUCCGAAUCAUGCUGCGACAAAGGACAUAAAAACAUUCUCACUGCCAGAUAAUCCCACAGUUUUUUAUAUUAAAAUGCGGCCAGGACUCGAAGAAUUCUUAAGAGAGAUUUCAGAGUUCUAUGAACUUCACAUAUAUACGAUGGGCACGCGUCAUUAUGCUGAAGCAGUAGCAAACAUAAUAGAUCCAAAAAAAGAUAUAUUCAGUGAACGUAUUUUGUCUCGUGAUGAAAGUGGAAGUAUGAUACAUAAAAACAUCCGACGAUUAUUUCCAUGUGAUGAUUCUAUGGUAGUAGUGAUUGAUGACCGAGCAGAUGUGUGGCAGUGGGCGCCGAAUGUCAUCAAAGUCAAUCCUUAUGGCUUCUUUGUCGGCAUUGGUGAUAUAAACGCGUCAUUUAUGCCCAAACAAAAUACAUCCUCUUCUCCUCCUUCGCCGGAAAUUAGCAAUAAUACCGAGAAAUCAUCAACACAAGAAGUAAUAACCAAUAACCACGAAGAACAUUCCGAAACAUCUAAUUCAUCUGCUGCGGUCAAAUCAGAUAGUAGCCAAGAUAAAGAAAAUGAAAAUGCGUCGAAAUCACAACAAGAAUCGGGAGAUGAAACCAAGGUUCGAAAUGAAACCAAAGAUCAAGAUAUAACACGCAUUAAACAACAAUCAAUACAGCCAGAGGAUGAAAAUAUUCAGUUACAACAGCAAGAACAGGAAAUCAAAAAACAAGUACAUGAUCGUCCUCUGGCGCAAUUGGAACAACAAUUAACGCAUAAUCGAGAAAAGCCAGUGCUCAUCGAUGAUGACGUAGAACUUUCAAAGCUGUUAACUAUACUUAAAAAUAUUCAUAAAGUAUAUUAUGACGAUCUUGAAAGCAAUCGGCCUGCUGAUGCCACGAAAAUAAUACCUGCAAUGAAAUCAUUUGUAUUACAGGGAGUAAAACUUGUGUUCACACAUGUAAUACCAACUAAACAACCCAAGGAAAGCUCCGAUAUUUGGAAUUUAGCAUUAAGUUUUGGGGCUCAAUGCUUUGAAACAAUAUCAGACGAAAUUACUCACCUUGUGGCUGGCGAGAGAGGAACUGAUAAAAUCAAAGAAGCGCUGAGUCGAGGGAACAUUCAAAUAGUCCGCACAGAAUGGCUCAUCGAAUCUAUAAAAAAUUGGGAGCGACAACCCGAGGAACCAUAUCUUCUAGAACAAUCAAGUGCCAACUCUUCGCCAAAAGAAGACUAUGAGCCAAAAAUUAGUGCCGAAGAAGUGCAGCAGCAUUUUUUGGAAAUUGAUUGGGAUAGUUUUGAAAAAGAAGUCGAUGAUGAAAUACUCGAAUCGGGUGACACGAGCGCGGAUAGCGAUUUAGAAAGUGGUAAUGAAAGCGGAUUAUAUUAUCAAGGAGGAGAAGGAUAUACAGACGGCGGGGAGUUUGCUGACGAGGACAGUGGGGACGAUGAAUUAAAGAACAAUUCUGCUGAAUUAUAA